AUGGCAGAUAUCACGCCUGCCCUCUGUCAUGCCGGGGACAGAAUGUGAAAACACUCGAGAUCAAUUCAAGUGAAGUAUCUAGAGGAGGACGUCUGGGGACACGGGUCCAGUUCCGUGCGUAAAUUUGCGCCACAAAGUCAGCGGAGUGCUGCGGCUCCGCGGGAGAGCCGAGCGUCCGCUUGUGUCGCCACGCGUUUGGACGGUUCUGGGUCCAGUCUGGAGAAACUGGGGAGAGGAUUCCAAGAGAAUAGGGAGCAGGAACUUGCUUCCAAUUGUGUCAUCUUGAGGUAAGAGGAGCGGGGGGAGUCGUACUUCGACUACGCGUUCCAUGCGUCUUCAACUGUCCCUGGACUGACUCCCUGGGAGCUCGACUGGUUACAGGCGGACAAAACUUGGACGUCGAUGUUUUGAGAGAAGUUAAGCUCGCUGUCAUCCUCGGAGGAUAAGGAGCUUUUUGUUUUUCACAACUGACGCACUCGAACAUUUUGGAGGAGGAAUCAACCCUCGAACUGGUGCUCUCUAAUAAUACAACAGUUGCAUUUAAAAGGGCAGUUGGACGACCAACCAGGAGGAAUACAAUUCCUAACGGAAAUAUAAAUAUUCACUUCAUCAAUUAAGACGGCUAAAUAAAGGUCCUACAUGUGCACUAUAUGGUGAAGUUACUGAAGGAGUGUGGAUUGUACGCAGGGACCGCUCGGAAGGGAAUUUGUCGACAUUUCGAAAACCUCCAGUCGAAAGUUCUUAUCGAAUAUCCAUCAUUUUAAUUUAACUCUGAGAAGCUGGGUCGAAGGGCAAGGAAUUAUAGCAGCAUUCGCGUCAAGUUUUCACCGUCAACACCCUGGAUUUACGGAUAUUUACUUCAACAAAACAGACACCACUGUCCAGGAAUCCAUUCCAUAGUUUGCUCUGUGCUCUAGAUUCUUUUGGGAAGUGAAAAGAUGAAGACUCCACUGGUCCUCCUCAUAUUCCUGGUGCUCGUCGCUUCAGGAGCCUGUGAUGACGUGAAGUACAUUUCCAAGAGGAACUCAGUGGACGGGUGCAUCGACUGGUCAGUGGACCUGAAGGAGUACCAUGUGCUCGCUGGGGAGCCGGUGCGGGUGAAAUGUGCCUUGUUCUACAGCUAUAUCCGGACCAACUACACCAUGGCCACCAAUGCCAAACUGCGCCUCAUCUGGUACAAGAACAAGGGAGAUGCAGAAGAGCCCAUCACCUUCUCAGGACACAGACUGAGUAAAGAGGACGACUCCAUUUGGUUCAGAUCUGCUGAACUGGAGGACAAUGGUUUCUACACAUGCGUGCUAAGGAACUCCACGUACUGCAUGAAGGUGUCCAUGUCCAUGAUUGUGGAAGAGAGCGAUGAAGGCAAAUGCUUCAGCAGAAAAAUCCGCUACCUGGAGAAAGCUGAGGUCACACACAGCAAGAUGAUCACAUGCAGGGACAUAGAUGACUAUCUGGCUCCUUACAUCCAGCCUCAAAUGAAGUGGUACAAGGAGUGUGAGGAUGUCCAGUGGAGGAGCUCCAUCAUGGUGAACAAUACACACAUCUGGAUCCCUGAGGUGGAGGAGGACGAUGCUGGGAACUACACCUGUGAGUUGAAGUACGGAUCCAGACUGGUCAGGAGGACGACCGAACUUAAAGUCACAGCUCUCCAGACCACUCAGCCUCCCAAAGUCCUGUACCCCCCGGAGAGGCAGGACACAGUGAUAGAAAUCACACCAGGUAUGCCCCUGAGUCUGGACUGCAAAGCUUUUUUCGGCUACAGCGGUGAAAACAGAAGACCCAUCAUUUACUGGAUGAAAGGCGAGAAGUUUGUGGAAGAGCUCGCAGGCCACAUAAAAGAGAGUGAAGUCAGGAUCUUAAGAGAGCAUUUAGGGGAGAAGGAGGUGCAGCUCUCCCUGACCUUUGACGCAGUUGAUGAGACCGACCUGGCCAACUACAGCUGCUAUGUGGAGAAUCACAUUGGCAGGCGCAGCGGCAGCGCUAUUCUCCAAAAGAAAGAUAUGUAUCGUCUGGAGUUGGCCGGUGGACUCGGAGUCAUUUUGCUGCUGCUGGGAGUUCUAACUGCCCUCUACAAGUGCUACAACCUGGAGAUUCUCCUCUGCUACAGGAGACACUUUGGCAGCGAUGAGACAGAAGAUGAUAAUAAGGAGUACGACGCCUAUCUGUCAUACACCAAAGUUGACUUGGAUUCUUUUGGCAGGACCAGUAGUGACGAGGAAACCUUUGCGCUGGAGAUUCUACCAGACGUUUUGGAGAAGCAUUAUGGCUACAAGCUCUUUCUACCCGACCGAGACCUCAUACCCAGCAGUACAUACAUUGAGGACCUAGCUCGCAGCGUAGAGCAGAGUCGGCGCUUGAUCAUUGUUCUGACCCCGGAGUUUGUGGCCAAAAGAGGCUGGAGCAUCUUCCAGAUUGAGACUCGCCUCCACUCCAUGCUGGUCACCGGAGAGAUCAAGGUGAUAAUGAUAGAGUGCACGAACCUGAAGAAUGUCAUCAACUACCAAGAGGUGGAAGCACUCAAACACACCAUCAAGGUUUUAUCCAUUAUCAAGUGGAGGGGUCCCAAGAGCAAUGAGCUGUCCUCCAAGUUCUGGAAGCGGGUGGUGUAUGAGAUGCCCGCAAAACGCAGGGAGACUUUGUCAAGGCGACAGGUGAUGGACUCUGGUGAACAGGGCCUCUUUGGCGACCUCCAGACCACGGUCUCCACCAUUGCUAUGACAACCACCUCUGCUUCUUUGAUACCCAAUAAUGACAGUCGCCAUGGACAUCAUCAGGUUGCCUUGGCAACGGAGAUUCCUGACUACAACCAGAUGACUUUGCCACUGGGUGGUGGUCACAUGGCUACCGCAGCCCAAAUGAGAAAUUUCUGCCGUAGCUACGAGUUCCACCUCCCGACGCAGCCUCCCUCCCUGUCACCGCCUCUCCCUCCUGCUUCCACCGUGCAGUUCUCCACUCUAGGCCACGGGGGGCGCCAUGUUUACUGCAAUAUUCCCAUGACUCUUCUAAAUGGACAGGGGUUGAGAGCAGGUGACUGGGGAAGAAGAGGUCACACAGAGCAGUACCCUUGGAAAGAAGCCCGAUCCUCAUCUGAACAGCACAUUUGUACCGCUCACCAGCAGAGAACUAAGCUCUGAUAUCUGGUAGAAGGACUACUGGCGUCGGCUUGGAAGAUUGUGGUGAAACUGAACGGUGUACAAAUGUGAGGAAGGACUGAAUCUUCCAUUUGCUGUCGUGAUUCUGAAACUGGCAAAGACUUCUACAGAGCAACGUCCCACAGCAGUUGGAUCGAGUGGCUGCAGCAUAUUUUUAGGCCAACCUAAAAUAUCAUCUCAUCAGGUCACACACCUACCAAGGCGGUUCAGAUGGUCACAGAACGAUGCGUAGCAAUGAGCAUCAUGAUGGGUGUUCUACUGGUCAAUGUGGCAAAGACUCAAGUGAGAAAAUGGCUGACUGGCCAGGAUGGAACACAGCUGUCCCUCCACGGGCCCUGCGGACAUGAGGCAGCAGCAACUGCUGGAAUACCAAUCCUGGUUUCAGCUGAGUUGAUCUUCAGUCAGAGCUCUACAGUUUUUACCUUUACAUUGACUAUCAGCUCUUAACCGCCGGAAUGUUGCUCCAAAAAGAAUAACAGUGAGCAAUCCUGUUAAAGUCGAGCUGGAAAUGAACACAUGGUGGUGUGAGAUGGGAAAUAGUGGAACCUGAUUACAACCAGAAGGUUGCACUUUCCAUCUAAAAUUCCUAGAAAUAGUUCUUAUUCCGUUCUCCUGUAAAUUCCAGUGAUUAGUUUUAUACCUAUUGUAGUAUGGGGAAGUGAGACUUAAUAGUUGUGAGCACAUUAAAUGUACUACUUAAGCCGCUGUUAGCCACAGAAGCAUAUUAGCUCAGAGUUGAUGCUAAAUGAAGGUUGACUGCAUGACAAGAUAGUUUUAGUUAACAUGCGCAUGUGUCAUUUUUAGUUUGGCAUCGAGACAAGUAUUUUUGUAAAGGAGAUGUUAAUGUCACAGCAGUUCAAUAACACCGAUUUGUACUGGGUUCCUUCCUGAUUUCACCACAUGCUUUCCUCAAGCUCAUCGCACAGGCCUUAACCCAACUGUCUGGUUCAGAAGAUGGAGUGACCCAGGUUGCCACAGAAUUUCCAUUUCAGCUCGACUUUAAUCAACACAAUACAAACACGCGGUGGAAUCAGCUCGCUCCUCGCCUUGAGCAAAGUAGAGCUGCAAACCAGCCAAGUCGAUAAUCCGGAUGGGCGGCAGACGACCAAACAUUACCGCACCAAGAUACUGGCUUUGACUUUUCUCUUUGCAUGACCACCCAAAAUAAUCCCAGUGUUUAAUGAAAAGAGUCAGACACUUUACUUUGUUGCAGCCUUUUACACAGAAGUGUUUUAUGUUGAUAUUUGUGUUUCGUAUGCUUAUGAAUGCAACUUGUAAGCAGAUAGAGGGUGAAAAUGGAUCCCUCCCCAAGAAAUGGUUUCCUAUUAUUUAUUUUUUUCAGUUCGAAUCAAAGAGUCGUAUCCUUUUAGAAACUUGGUGACUGUAUUUUCAUCUGGAUUUUUUAUUUUUUUUUGUUAGUAUAAUCUUUGUACAGAAUUCAUGAACUACUGAUUAUUCAUUUAUUGUCAUAUAUGUGGAUGGGCGGAUGGGUGGAUGGAUCAUUUAAGAACUAAACUUUUGAAACAGGAAUGCAUUUGCAAUUCCUUUGUGAAAGGAUAAUUUCUUGAGCGAAAAUCUGGGCAAGUUCUUCAUCCUGGCUUUCAACCGUGACAAUGGUAAUGUAAUAUUACUGUGUAACUGUUAUGCUUCUAAAAAGCCACUUGACGAAGGACUUUUGUUUAUGCAAAACAGAAAAUCAAGUGGGUUAUUAUUAUUAUUAUUAUUAUUAUUAUUAUUAUUAUUAUUAUUAUUAUUAUUAUUAUUAUUAUUGUUAUUAUUAUUAUCAUUAUUAUUAUUAUUAUAUGACGCUUUAAACCUAUAACAUACAAAAGAAAUACAUUUUUGUCUUUGGGGUGUGAAAGUCCUUUAGAGAGAAAAUGCAUUAAAUUUAAUCGAAUUCUCGCUCAUCUCAUGUGAAAUAGAGGCUGCAUUAGAAUGAAUGUCAUUGUGAUAUUUUAACAUGCAAAUAAUCAUUGUUUGCAGAUUCUAAAAUCAGCCUUGGCUUUAACAACAAAAACAAAAUGUAUGUAUGACUAAUGAUGUCCAUUGGUUUUCUUUACAGAAGAAAUGGAAUAAAAUGAAACAUUUAGACAUUUGGAUGGACAUGGCACUUCAACUCUGGGUUUCUGAUCAUGUCCAUCUGACAAUAGGUUCUUGCCAUUUAGUUUUUGUUUUGUUUUGUUUUGUUUUUUUCAAUUUCAUGUCAAGAAAAGGCUUUCCAGACACGUGUAAUGCAUAAUUCCAUCAAUAGCUUGAUGGCUUUAAGCUAGUGUCGUCAUGCAUAUGGAUACAUUCAGAAAUUACAAUUUUUUUUGUCCAGAUAUGUCUCACAGGUCUAAAGUGAGACAGAUCUGUAUAUUCGAUUACAUUUGAGACAUGAUUCAACAUGUGGCACACCCAUAGUGUGGAAUUCACCCUAUACAAACAUGUAAUAUCAGAUGACAAUGCAUGUGACCCUACAGAAAAAAACAUUUAAGUCGCUGUACAGUCAGAACUUAAAGCAAAAAAACAAUGUUCUUCAUUUGUGUUACUGAAUUUGUUAUGGUUGAAAGUCACAUGAAUUACCUAGCAUUGUUGAGUUCACUGGCCCAGAUAUAUGGAGAGACCAGCAAAUCCAAAUUUAUUGUACGUUGGCCUUUCAUUUUAACAUAGAAUGGAAUAUUAUACUUUCAGUACGGGAUGACAGUAAAUAAAGAAUUGCACCUCCAGCAUGUUCCAUCCAGCCUUGGUCCUGUAUGGAACGUAGUGGAUGGAUGGAUGGAUGGAUGGAUGGAUGGAUGACAGAUGAGUCUAACAUUACACUCACACACUGAGGUUCACAUCUGGAGUUGUCUCAAUUAGACUUCAGUCUUCUGUGUGAACUUUUACAACAAACAAUAUUUAACAAAGGGAGCUUUGACUUAUUUUGUUGCAAAAAAUAGUCUUAAUAGAACCAAUGAGUUUUUCAAAAUGUAAGACUGCUUGACAGAUUUUUUUUUCUUUCUUUUUUCAGUUGUUACAUUCUAUGGCAAUAUAAAGUAUAGUGGUUGUCUUUUGACUAUUUUAAUAUUCUUUGGAUAUAUUGGUUA